CUGAUAAUCAACAGGGCUGCUGUAUCCAGUUCAUGGCUCUGUCUCAUAAUGGUGUAGACCAGGAACCUGCAAGCAAGAGGCUAUACUCGAGGCCUUGGGGCUCAGCAUGGCAGAGAAGGCCCAGUGCAUGACUCUAGCCAGGAUGCCCACAGCGUGCCCUCUACGUCAGGCCUCGGGGCUCAGCGAGGCAGAGAAGGCCCAGUGCAUGACUGUAGCCAGGAUGCCCACAGCGUGCCCUCUACGCCAGGCCUCGGGGCUCAGCGAGGCAGAGAAGGCCCUGUGCAUGCUGGCACACCGCGGCCCCCGGCCACGUCCGGUCCUGCAGCCCCUUGACCUGGAACUCUGGCUCUACGUUCAGAAGACCCGCAGCAUGCAGAAGAAGAGGAUGGAAGCCUCUUGUCUGGAGCUCGCUCUGGAAGGGGAGUGGCUGUGUAAGGGUGGAGACUUCAAGGGUGGGACGGCCUUCUUCGAAGCAGCAGUGCAGGUGGGCACUGAGGACCUAAAGACCCUGAGUGCCAUUUACAGCCAGCUGGGCAACGCCUACUUCUACCUCAAAGAGUAUGCCAAGGCGCUUGAGUACCAUCGGCAUGACCUCACGCUUGCCAGGACGAUUGGUGACCGGGUCGGUGAGGGGAAGGCCAGCGGUAACCUAGGGAACACUCUGAAGGUUCUGGGACGUUAUGACGAGGCGGCCGUGUGCAGCCAGAGACACCUGGACAUCGCCCGCGAGCUUCAGGACAAGGUGGGGGAGGCCAGGGCGCUGUAUAACAGCGGGAAUGUCUUCCAUGCCAAGGGGAAGCAGCAGUCAUGGAGCUUUUCCCAGGAUCCUGGAGACCUGCCGCCGGAUGUGCGUGAGACACUGCAGAAAGCCACUGAUUUCUACGAGAUGAACCUGUCCUUGGUGAAGGAGCUUGGGGAUCGGGCAGCACAAGGGCGAGUCUUCGGAAACCUGGGUAACACCCACUACCUGCUGGGAAACUUUGUAGAGGCCAUCAACUUCCACAAAGAGCGGCUCUCAAUAGCAAAGGAGUUUGGUGAUAAAGCAGCGGAACGCAGAGCUUACAGUAACCUGGGCAAUGCUCACAUAUUCCUGGGUCAGUUCAGCAUUGCCACUGAGUAUUACAGGAAGACGCUGCAUCUCUCUCGGCAGCUGAAGGACCAGGUGAUGGAGGCCCAGGCCUGCUACAGCCUGGGGAACACCUUCACACUGCUGCAGGAGUACGAGAGAGCCAUCGAGUACCACCUCAAACACCUGCUGAUCGCCCAGGAGCUUGGAGACAGGGUGGGUGAGGGUCGAGCGUGCUGGAGUCUGGGGAAUGCCUACGUCUCGCUGGGAAACCACCGGCAAGCUCUGCACUUCGCCAGCAAGCACCUAGAGACCUCUCGGGAGAUUGGGGAUUGUAACGGGGAACUGACUGCCCGGAUGAAUGUGGAGCAGUUGAUGACUGCCCUUGGAAUGGGAAAGGACCUGUCACCCUGUGGAUCAGAGUUUGAGGCUCAAGGAGCCAGGCCUAAACUUGUUAAGAGAAACAGCAUGGACAGCUUAGAUCUGUGGAAAUAUUCAUCGGAAAAGGAUCAGAACGGAGAUAGUCAUCAAAUGAACGAGUCACAGGCCAGAGCCAGGAGUCACCUGAGUGGGCCAAUCAGAAGCGAGAGAGACACCCAAUCAGGAGCGGAAAGCAGGUGGCUGGAUUGCAGAACAUCACCAGUGGACACCAAUGACAUCAGAGUGCAGGUGGCACAGUCUAAGAUCAGUCGUCACUCUUCGGAUGAAGAAUGCUUUUUUGACCUGCUCAGUAAGUUCCAAAGUAACCGCAUGGACGACCAGCGCUGCCCGCUGGAUGAGCAGCAAAAUGGAGUGGAAGGGGCUUCCUCCACCCAUGCCUCUUCGCUGGACAACAGGAUCGCCGCCUCUUCCUUAAUGACAUCGCCCCAGACUGAGGAGUUUUUCAAUCUCAUUGCGAGUUCUCAGAGCCGGCGGUUAGAUGACCAGCGUGCCAGCAUCAACAACCUGCCGGGACUGCGGAUAACUCAGAACAACCUGGGGCACCUCUGCGCUGACCCCGACCCCCAGGAGCCCAGCGACGACUUCUUCAACAUGCUCAUGAAGUGCCAGGCUUCCAGGAUUGAUGACCAGCGCUGUUCCCCACCUGAUCCAGGACCCAGAGCCCCCACUGUCCCGGAUGAAGAUUUCUUCAGCCUGAUCCAGCGGGUCCAGGCCAAGCGACUGGAUGAGCAGCGAGUCCACCUUUCUUCAGACGACCAGGAUGAGACCCAAGAGCAGCCCCCAUCUCCUCCAUCACCUCCACCUAGCUAAGACUGCCCCAGGACGAACACCCUCUAAUCCUGCUGGAGCCCCACAGGAGUUAAACUGAGGACUUCCCCACCCAGCUACAGUCACUACAGCCCCAUAACUACGUGGACUAGAUCUACUUCUGGAAAACCAGCAUUAGCACCAGCAUGAUGGAAUUACACUGACUGGAUCUACUGCCAGACAUAUACAUUUCAUCCAGAUAGAGCCACGUUGACCUCUGUGUAUGAAUGCCUGCUUGGGGCUGUCUGUUGUGGAAAUGAUAUGGGAGUCAAGUUUGAUCUCCAAGAUGGGCUGGAAGAGCUACGGGAUGAAUGUUCAUGUUAGCUUAGUUUGAAAAUGUCACAACCAAAAUAAACCUGCUGGACAUUCCAGUAACUGCUGGUUGCUGCUUGUGGCCACCAAAGGUUGGGUACUGGAACACAUAUUUACUGGUUCCUUGGUGACUGCUGAGGGCAGAGUUGAAGCAGCAAGGUUUACUGUAGACAACUAUCAGUUGACUGUAUAAUUUUACUGUGAAAGCACUUUUAAUUUCACUUGCUUUUCUUAACUCAGUAUACCAGCCUAAUUGCAUGAAGAUUUAAAACUACCAGCUCAGCAGGUGAAAUGGGUUUAUAAUCCAUAACAAAAGUAAGAGGUAGUCUAAGCUGUCUAGAUGGGAAACAUCUUCCUACAGACCACAGUAUGUUAAUUAGGAACUCCGUGGAAAGAAUGUUCAUUUUAAAAUAAAUUACAGAACUUCGUAUUCAUUUAAAGAAGAAAUAUACAUGAAGAUAUAUUCUAGUCUUCAAACAUAGAAGUAUUUUAAGGAAAUAAGCACACCUUCUUCUCCCCAGAGCUAGCCUUAGUGCCUUCCAGGUUUUUUUUUUUUUUUUACCCAACCACAUCGAGUCUUAAGAAAUAAGACAAAGUCCUGAGCCCAAAGGACUUAAAGCAUUUAUGCUCAGAAUCUAUAUCCUAGACAUCUACAUCUGAUGUGGGCUACAACAAUACCUGUAAACCUUCAGUGUUAGCCUUUACUAUACAUGUUUAUGGUACUAAUUACAUGGCCAGGAGAAUCUGGAAGGCUUCUUGAUUCUCAGAUGGGAACCUUUUUCAGAAAUCUAAAACACUGUACAGAACUAAUUAAAUAUCUAAAUAAACAGUAGACGCUUGUAGUCAUUUCAAAUGGCAUGUGAAAAUGCAAGAUAAAACACUGGGCCAAAUUGGGUUUCAGGUAAGCAUAUAUAAUUUAUUAGAAGUACAAAAUUUAAAAAAAACAUGCAUUUCCCUAUGAAGAAACAUACAAAGAAACAGAUGAGAAAAAGGAACAAACAGAGUAAGUAUGAGCAAUAAGAUGCAGCACCAUUUACAUUUACAAUGCCAACCGUUUUAUACGCAUAGCUAGAUGCAGUCUUGCUUCACUAACCUUAAUUCCUAAUUGUAUAUUUCAAUGUUUAAGACAUUUUACUCAAUAAUGAAAACAUAUGGAAAUAACCUUUUCAAUAAUGUUCCCCAAUGCAGUUAUGCAGAUGACGUGUUCUACGUUUGUGUAGCCCAAUCCGAACAAUCCUGCCAUGAAGUCUCUCCUGAGUUUAGAUUUCCUAUUAAUGGAGCACCGACAGCCUAUGAUAGAAUACAAAGAAUGUGUUUAAUUCAAGUAGCCUCAAAAAUCACCAAAUGCCAUUUUAAAAGAUUGAAAAUGAAAAGUGAAAGUCAUUCAUGUGUAACCUUGUACCUGGGGUACAAACAGGAGCCUUGUGCAUCCCUUUAGAGCCAGGAGCAGGCUGCACAGAGCAGAAUUCUCACGCAUCCCAUUAGAGCCAGGAGCAGGCUGCACAGAGCAGAAGCCUCACGCAUCCCUUUAGAGCCAGGAGCAGGCUGCACAGAGCAGAAGCCUCACGCAUCCCUUUAGAGCCAGGAGCAGGCUGCACAGAGCAGAAGCCUCACGCAUCCCUUUAGAGCCAGGAGCAGGCUGCACAGAGCAGAAGCCACACGCAUCCCUUUAGAGCCAGGAGCAGGCUGCACAGAGCAGAAGCCUCACGCAUCCCUUUAGAGCCAGGAGCAGGCUGCACAGACCAGGGGCCUCAUCAGCUCCUAAGCAGCACCUCCAGCACAAGCAGUGAGAAUGCACGUUCAGUCUUAAAGUAGUUCCGAUCAGCGUUCCCUCUAAGCUUUUUACAUACUGAGAAACUUGCUGUUUUGACUGAGAAAGGGUAAAGUAUCAGUGAGAACCAUCGGCCAUGCAUUAACCCUUUUAAUAUAUUUUUGUUGCAUUAUACAAUUUUGAAACAAUAUUUCAAGUAUACAAGUAUUUCAGUAAUUUUACAAUUUACUUUAAAUUUAAACAACAGCUCUGCUUCUGAAUCAUUCUCUGAUUAUAUAUAUAUAUAUAUAUAUAUAUAUAUAUAUAUAUAUAUAUAUAUAUAUAUAUAUAUAGAUAUAGAUAUAGAUAUAGAUAUAGAUAUUAUACACAUUGCUGUGCAAAAGACUUAGACAUUUUGCAUUUUUCUACUCCGAUUCAUUAUGAGCAUCAACAAUUUACUCAAAGCCUCCACUCCAGUCCAAAGCACCUUUUGACCAUUGUUCUAUAGUCCAAUUUCUGUGUUCUUGUGCAGCAUAUUUUAGUCUUGUUCCCCUUUCUUAACAGAGGUAUUCUUACUGCAACACAUCCUUUAAGUCCUGAUUUCAUGAGUGACCUUCGUACUGUUGAUUUGAUGGACAAUGACACCUGUGCCUUCUGCCAGUUCUGUUGUCAAUUCAACGCUUGUCUUCUUUCUAUUCCUAAAGGAUAUUAUCAUCCUUGUUAGCCAGCUUUUUGGGUCUUCCAGUCCUGGGUUUGUCAAUUACAAAUUAUGUUUCUCUGUACUUGUUGAUUAUGCUUCAGAGACCACACCUUGAAAAUCGAGUGAUUCGAGCUAUUUCACUCAAUGUUUUUCCUUCUUUAUGCAAGUCAAGGUUGUUAUAGUAGUAGAAAACACUAGUGGAGGCUUUGAGUAAAUUGUUGAUGCUCACAAUGCAUCAGUGUAGAAAAAUUCAACAUGUCUAAGACUUUUGCACAGGAGAGUAAUAUAUAUAUAUAUAUAUAUAUAUAUAUAUAUAUAUAUAUAUAUAUAUUAGUAUUUUUAUGAAGUGUAUAUUUACCUUUAUGAAGCAUGUCUGAGAUUCUAGGCAGCCUUGUCAGUUGUUAUCAUAGAUAUAGACUGCAUGCUUUGGUGGCCUGAAUAAAAUUGUUUUAUACUAUUGUAUAAAACACUGGCGUCUGCACUGCCUUCAAUUGUAACUAUCUUUGUGAAACAAAGAGUGUGUAGUGUAGUGACUACAAUCCUUUACACAGUAAAGCAAUCAAUUUCCUUUAAGGAAUGUAUAGCUAAAAAAAAAUAGCUUGAGCUAAUUUCUUCAUCGCCAGAAAACAUAAUUCAAUUAAGAAACAGCCAUGGUUUAACCUUGCUAAUUAUAGCUUUAUUAAAAGGCAGGUAGCAUGGAAGAAAAUAAACGAAACAAUAAUGCACUAAUGUGACGUGCAAUUGUACAGAGGGAAAUCAGAGAAUCCGCUGCAAGACAGACGUGAAUGUGUUUACGUUAUGCUUUGCAAGAAUUCUCUCAAAGGUUUACCUCGAGAUGCUGGCGUCUCGAUUGAGGUUGACAUUUAUGAUAAAAACUUGCAAAAGUUAGUAAACUGAGUGUGGAGGUUGUUGCCAGUUAUUGCUAAAAAUGUGCGCAUUUUAGCCUUAGAGGGAACGCUGGUUCCGAUUGAGGGGUGGAGACACCCAGGGCCUGAGCAGACAGUUCAAUUUAAAGGCGUUUACUUGACUAUAGCAUCUAAUAAACUAAUUUGUGGCUGAAGCUAGCCAUGUGGGUUUGUAUUAAAAGGUACGCAUUUUACUUUACUGCCAUAUGUAUAUAGUGCUUUGUAUUUAUGUUCAGUUCAGCAACAAACUGGGUUAUGUUCUGUAAAGCCUAGCUCUAGUGGAGAUGAAGAUCUGUCCACUGUUUGACUUCCUCCACUGCUUUUAAUAAAACAGUCAACUCA